AUGAAUCGAGACCGCUAUGAGGUCAUCAACCUGGAGGUCAGUCUUAACCCUGAUGCUCGUCUCUCUUAUGUCAACCUCAGUGUGUCCAGGUGUAUGUUUACUGUAUCUUUAUCUACAUUAUGCAAUGAUUGUGGUCCUGGCAUAGUAGUGAAGAGAUUGAGAAAAUUGGAGGAAGAAGUGAGGAGGUUGAAAGAGAAUAGUAGUGAGAAAGUAAGAGUAGAGAAAUUGAAGAAAAAGAAGAUUGAGAAUGAUGAGUCUAGUUCUAAGAGCUUGUACGCCUUGUUUGCGAAUAAAGGAGGUGAUAGUGAGAAAUCUAGGAUUGUGGAGUCUUUGAGGAUGGAGGAUCAAAUGGUGUACAAAGAGCUUUCGCUCGAAUUGGCUCUAUUUGUGAAGCAUUUGUACAAAGAAGGCUACUUUGUUAAUGCUAAUUUCUUGCCCAAUAACAAGUUUGAUAUUACUUGUUUUGUGAACAGUUAUGGCCGUGAUUUUAUUAGGUAUGCCGUGGAGAAGUUUGGCAAGGAUAACCAAGAAAUUGUAUGCAGUAAAUGCGCCUUGAAAUCAUCAUGCAAGUUUGUGAAUCAGAGUGUAUGGAAAGGCAAUAACAACAAUUUGAAUUUGGCUGUUGUAAUGAGGGUCAUACUUUUGUACGCCAUGGAAUCUGUUCCUCCACAGUUGGUAGCGCCUGACGAGAUAAAGGCUUCUGUUAGUGUAUUGCUGAAGGAGACUACUUUGUUCCUUGAUAGGUUUGUUGGUUUAUAG